UUACUGACUGUGGGUUAUGUCUAUUAGUCUAUGUUCUUAUAUUAAUGACACAAAUGAAAAUUAAACGUUUCUAUUGGUAAAAUAUGACACAGUACACAGGGCUGGUUUGCCGUAAAGCACUGUAUAUGUGUGUUGCUGGUUAACGAUAUAUGCUAAUUCCAGUUCUAUCUGAUCGUGGGUUAGGUGUUUCACUAUUUCUGUUCAUGAAACAGGUUUAUCUAUUUUUCCCAAUGACUGCAUAGUUUGUCCUGGUGGGGAUCCGUAGUUGGUGGAAUAACAUUGUGAAGAAGAAUGUUGAUGUCAAAGUUGAAGAGGAGGACUCAGUGUUAAACAAACUUCGAAUCGUGUCAUUUGCUUGUCCUGGCAGGAAACUCGGUAAAGGAUCAUGGGUAACACAGGCGACCGGAUGUCCGGAGACCGCCAUGGCGCCAAGGCCCAUCGCUCUGACAGCAGAGACAAAGACCACGAGCCCAGCAAGAUGGUGGACAGCACUGAUGACCCUAACAUCUUCAACACACACGGUCUGGGGUCCUCCAAGGUGUCGGACAAGGAGGAGCCCGACCUGGAUGACCUGGUGAAGACCGGGCCUCAGUCCAGGCCCACGGUCAUCCGCUGGGCUGGAGGAGGGAAGGAGGUUUACAUCGCUGGAUCCUUUAACAACUGGGGCAACAAGAUCCACCUCAAUAAGAGCCACAAUGACUUUGUAGCGAUCCUGGACUUGCCAGAGGGAGAACACCAGUACAAGUUCUUUGUGGACGGACAGUGGGUCCAUGACCCCUCAGAGCCUGUGGUGACCAGCCAGUUGGGCACCAUCAACAACCUGAUUGAGGUGAAGCAGUCGGACUUUGAGGUGUUUGAUGCUCUGCAGGUGGACUCUCUGGAGUCUACCGACACCUCAGACCUGUCCAGCUCCCCUCCAGGUCCCUAUGGACAGGAGCAGUACAUGUUCAGGCCUGAGGAACGCUCCAAAGCCCCGCCCAUCCUCCCCCCACACCUCCUCCAGGUCAUCCUCAACAAGGACACUAACAUCUCUUGCGACCCAGCCUUGCUGCCUGAACCCAACCAUGUGAUGCUCAACCAUCUGUAUGCGCUCUCAAUAAAGGAUGGAGUGAUGGUGCUCAGUGCGACUCACAGGUAUAAGAAGAAGUACGUCACAUCUCUGCUCUACAAGCCCAUCUAACAUGUGUGUGUAGGUGCACAGUGCUAUAGAGGGCAGCAUGUUAAUACUGCGCUGGGUUUAUCCAUGACAUGUAGUUGAGAUUGGACUAAACUAACAGUUUACAAAAGAGCUGGGGGCCUGUGGCUGAGACUGGGGGGCAAAUCUCAAGACACCCUUUUCCCUGUAGAGUGCACUACACAAUGUAGCACUCAGCAAAUGGGUUCAAAGUAGUGCACUCAAUGUGGAAUAGGGUGUCAUUUGACCUUCAGCCUGUGACUUCACAAGGAGUCCACAAGGAGAAAUACUGAAAGUGGACUGUGGCGUUUUCCCAUAAUGCACCCAUAGUUGAAUAGCAAUAAGGGACUGAAAGAAACCACUGUGUGUGUUUGUGUGCAGCACUUAGGCUGCGUUUACACAGGCAUCCCAAUUCUGAUCCUUUUUUCUACUAAUUUGUCUUUUGAUCAAUCACAUCAGAUCUUUUCACAUCAGAUCUUUUUCAGAGCUGAUGUGAUUGGUCAAAAGACCAAUUAGUGGAAAAAAUAUCAGAAUUGGGCUGCCUGUGUAAAUGCAGCCUUAGAUUCUUUGUGGGUGUGUAAAAAUAACAUUUGGUUCCAUUAAAAACAUAAGGGUUUGAAGACACGUCUGUUGAUGGGACUGUAAAACACAUAAUCAACAUUACUUUUUAUUAAAUUAGCUUUUGAAAGGUUAUGUACACGGAAAGAGGGCAGUUGAAUGUUUCUGGCUUGGAUUUAGUGUCCCAAUAGUGUCCCAUUCUUUCUCCAUAUUUUUACUGUAAUUGGACAGUGACUAGACUAAAUGGAGGAUUCUGCAGGGUCUUCCUUGUUAUUACUGUAAUUGGACAGUGACUAGACUAAAUGGAGGAUUCUGCAGGGUCUUCCUUGUUAUUACUGUAAUUGGACAGUGACUAGACUAAAUGGAGGAUUCUGCAGAGUCUUCCUUGUUAUUACUGUAAUUGGACAGUGACUAGACUAAAUGGAGGAUUCUGCAGAGUCUUCCUUGUUAUUACUGUAAUUGGACAGUGACUAGACUAAAUGGAGGAUUCUGCAGGGUCUUCCUUGUUAUUACUGUAAUUGGACAGUGACUAGACUAAAUGGAGGAUUCUGCAGGGUCUUCCUUGUUAUUACUGUAAUUGGACAGUGACUAGACUAAAUGGGGGAUUCUGCAGGGUCUUCCUUGUUAUUACUGUAAUUGGACAGUGACUAGACUAAAUGGAGGAUUCUGCAGAGUCUUCCUUGUUAUUACUGUAAUUGGACAGUGACUAGACUAAAUGGAGGAUUCUGCAGGGUCUUCCUUGUUAUUACUGUAAUUGGACAGUGCCUAGACUAAAUGGAGGAUUCGGCAGGGUCUUCCUUGUUAUUACUGUAAUUGGACAGUGACUAGACUAAAUGGAGGAUUCUGCAGGGUCUUCCUUGUUAUUACUGUAAUUGGACAGUGACUAGACUAAAUGGAGGAUUCUGCAGAGUCUUCCUUGUUAUUACUGUAAUUGGACAGUGACUAGACUAAAUGGAGGAUUCUGCAGGGUCUUCCUUGUUAUUACUGUAAUUGGACAGUGCCUAGACUAAAUGGAGGAUUCUGCAGGGUCUUCCUUGUUAUUACUGUAAUUGGACAGUGACUAGACUAAAUGGAGGAUUCUGCAGAGUCUUCCUUGUUUGAUUCCAAAGGGACGAUGACCACUGAUAAAAUCAGGAUAUGCAAUUGGAUAGGCUGUGUAAAUUUAACUGAACUGAAGUAUAACAAACUAUGGGUAUUAAAUGGUAUAUCCCAUUUAAUCACUUUAAACUAAAGGCCUCAUAUUACAUAUCAAGUAGGAGUUGUGAAAUGUUGGCCUGUGUCCUGUAGAUCUUUGCGUAGUUCUGCUAUUGCCUUCAUGAAAGGAUGCUGCAAGCACUUUAGCUACAUGUGUGUCUCCAACAAAUGCUUUGAGCAGGACUGUUGACAUAAACUUAACUAUGCAGAUACACGGACACAUCUGGUAGCUUUACAUUGAACCUCAGUGUCCAGUCUGCAUGUUAGAGAUGGAGAAAUAGCUGUUCUGUGUGUGUUUUUUUUUUUUUUUUUCAUUCUAUUUUCUAUUUAUCCAAUAGAAAUCGAUGUACCUGUUACAUUUUCUGUAUCUAUAGCAAAGAAACAAACAAAUAAUGGUUUGUCUUGAAUGUCGUGCAUGAUUUGAAUGUCUAAUUACGAACAGUUUACUGUGGAAUGUGUGGUGGAUUUCACAACUGUGAUUCUAUCAAGAUUAAACAUUUGUGGCAAAUUGCCAAUAUUGAUUUCAUAAGAUUGUUAAGUGUAAUUUACUUUCAUCAAUAAUGUUAAAUUAUGUUAAACUAUUCAGAUUUGACCAUAAGUGUAUUUAAUUUUUAUCAUUGAGAGAAUAUUGUACCUAUUGCUAGGUAGGUGAUAUACUCCAAAGAGAAGAUAAUAUAUAAUUACAUAUUUUAUUUGAAGAAACUGAGAAAAAGCUAUAUCUCGCUCUGUUUGAGAAUAUAGGAUAUUCUGGUGCUUUAUUAGGCAAAAAACAAAACUUGAAUUUUAAAACGGUCAGCUAACAUGUUUGUUUUUGAAAAUACUUUGCAGCAUCACUGUGUAAGCCAUGUACUAUAGAAGGUUGUUUCACUUCUUUGCAAAUAAAAAGGGAAGACGUGUUGACCCUGAAUAUCA